AUGAAGUUGUCGAUCAUAUCCACCCUGGCGCUGGCCUGCGCCGUGACGGCGUCCCAAGAGGGCGAGUCUCGAAUGGCUCAUCUGAUGUCUUUGAAGUUGGAGCAUCGAGAGCGUGCUCGCUCCCAGGGUCUCUUCAAAGUGAACAAAUACAUCGAUCAAGGAAGCACCAAGUGCGUAGACGGCAAGGCUGGCGAGUACUCGUGCGGAAACGUCGACUUGCAGGCUUUCUUGAGCCACCAGGCGCUGGGCAGCACGACUCGUGAGGGAAAUGAUUUGUGGGGCUGGGAGUCCGCCGACGGCCGCGAAUUCGGUAUUGUCGGACAAACAGACGGUGUUGCUUUCAUUGAGGUCCUGAAUGAUGGUAGCAUCGAGUAUGUUGGUCGACUGCCCACGCAGACCGAGGCCAGUAUAUGGAGAGAUAUGAAAGUCAUCAAGAACCAUGUGUUCAUUGGUUCGGAGGCUGAGGGACAUGGGCUGCAGAUCUUCGAUCUGACUAAGCUCCUCGAUACGAACAGUAGCAGCCCGACUAGCUUCUCGAUCCAAGAUGACCUGACGGCCUGGUACGACGAGUUUGGCAGCUCGCAUAACAUCGUGGCACACGCGGAGAAAGACUUCAUCUACGCUGUCGGGACUGCUCGAGGGCUCGAUUGCCGUGGCGGACUCUGGAUCGUGGAUGUCUCUGAUCCAGCGAAGCCCGUGUCUCCUGGCUGUGCGAAUGAGGAUGGUUACGUGCAUGACGCACAAUGCGUCGUCUACACCGGCCCUGACAGCAACUACACGGGCCAAGAAAUCUGCUUCAACUACAACGAAGACACGCUCACGAUCGUCGAUGUAACCGACAAGACCAACCCGAUCCAAAUCUCCAAAACACCCUACGUCGGCGCCAGCUACACGCACCAAGGCUGGAUCGCCACCCCAGACCAAGCCUAUCUGCUCCUAGACGACGAGCUCGACGAAGUCGAUGGCACGGGCUCGGCCGCCAACGGCCACACGACGACGUACAUCUUCGACGUAUCGGACCUCUCGGACCCCAAGAACACGGGACUCUACCAGUCACCUGUGCGCUCGAUCGAUCACAACCAGUACGUGUUGGACGGGCUGUCCUAUCAAUCCAACUACGGUAGCGGGCUGCGUAUCGUCGAUGUCUCGUCUAUUGCCGAUGACCCGUCCGGGAAGGGCCUGAAACAGGUGGGUUUCUUUGAUGUGCAUCCCGAGGAUGACGAGGUGGGCGGAGAGGUCGAGUUUGUCGGCAGUUGGAGUGUGUAUCCGUACUUCAAGAGCGGGUAUAUUCUGUUGAAUAGUAUCGAGAGGGGGGUUUAUUCGUUGAAGUACACCGGGAAUUAG